ACGUUCAGGUGACGUCAAUUGCGGAGAAGCGUCUUUGUGAGCAGCCCGGCCUCCUCUCCUCUGUCCAGUCAUGCUCGACAUACCCGUGCUCACGGCGGCCCUGGCGCUGGUGCUGUGCCUGGCGAUGGGCUUCCUGGUAGCGAGGGGCCAUCUGACCAAGACCGCCGCCGACCGUCGUGGGGGACCAACCCGACCGUGGGUGGACCAGGACCUGCAGGAUGACAGUGAGGCCGCGUCAAAAGAGCACGAAUACGACGAGUGGGGUGACUCCGACAUGGGUGAAAAUGUCACUUUCGUGCCUUACUCGCUUGAGCGCCUGCCCGAGGAGCAGAUGGUGCGCACAUCUCAGCGCUUCUACGAGUCGAUGAACCGGCGCAGGUCGGUCCGCUUCAUCAGCCCCGAGCCCGUGCCGUGGGAAGUCAUCGAAAAUGUCGUACGCACCGCAGGUACUGCACCAAGCGGCGCGCACACCGAACCCUGGACCUUCGUGGCGGUCUCCGACCCGGACAUAAAGCACCGCAUCCGACUGAUCGUGGAGGAAGAAGAGGAGGUCAACUACCGGCAGCGCAUGGGCGCCAAGUGGGUCGAAGAUUUGGCCGCAUUCAGGACCAACUGGAUCAAGGAGUACUUGGACGUCGCCCCGUACCUCAUCCUCAUCUUUAAACAGACGUACGGAACCCUAGCGGACAACAAGAAAAGGACACACUACUACAACGAGAUCAGCGUGUCCAUCGCCUGCGGCAUCCUUCUGGCCGCACUGCAGAACGUGGGUCUGGUCACCGUGACGUCGACGCCGCUCAACUGCGGCCCAAAGCUCAGGAAGCUGCUCGAGCGUCCGGCCAAUGAGAAGCUGCUCCUGCUCCUUCCCGUCGGCUACCCUGCCAAAGACGCCACCGUGCCCGACCUCAAACGCAAACCGCUGCAUGACAUCCUGCUGCGCAUCUAAGCGGCGACAUCCCAAGAGCAAAUUAAAGAUUUAUGAACAACA